AUGUCCUCCGUGUCCAUAAAAGAUUUUGCCUACGACGCCGACCACCCACUCCACUACGGUAUCACCGACGGUUACAUAGAAGACACCAGCGAGCGCGUGAUACAGGCCGUGGCACUGUACCCUUUUGAGCCAGAGAAUGAGAACGAACUGAAACUGGAGCAAGAUCAAGUCAUAAUCAUCAACUACGAGUACGGCGAGGGGUGGCUCGUGGCCCACGAUCCCGAGUCGGGAGAAACAGGGCUUGUCCCGUCAGAAUACGUGAGCAUUUUAGACGACGAGUUAGAAGAAACAGGCCAGUCGGACGACAACGAGCAACACAAACACCAAGAUGCACAGCCAGACAAAACAAAGGAGCAACAAGCUAAGCCGUUCCUACCAGGGAUUCUUCAGGAGCUCGGAGACUUGAAAAUUACACAGCAAAAUACAGAUAACCGGGAAACCAGCACAGAAUAA